CGAUGAAUCUCAAAGUCUACUCAGCACCAACACAACAACCUUCCUUAUUACUUGCAUAUCAAGUUUUCUUUUCAUUUUCCCUCUGCACAAAUCCUUAGAAGCUAUUAAAUUUGUUUCUAAUUUCUUCUUCCUUACAGAAAAACAACUGUUUCAUUAAUUUGAUCGAAUUUACGAAAUGGAGAGAGUGAGAGACUUAGCAUCAACAAGGGCAGCUGUGAUCUUUACAAAGAGUUCAUGCUGCAUGUGCCACAGCAUCAAGUCACUAUUUUACGAACUCGGUGCGAGUCCUGCGAUUCAUGAGCUCGAUCGAGACGCAAAUGGGAGAGAAAUGGAGUGGGCUUUAAGAGCAUUAGGAUGUAAUCCGAUAGUUCCAGCUGUGUUCAUAGGUGGAAAAUAUGUUGGCUCAGCUAAAGAUGUGUUAUCUCUGCAUUUGGAUGGUUCUUUGAAGCAACUACUGAUAGAAGCUAGGGCAAUUUGGUUUUAGCACAGAAACCAUAAAUAAUUAUUAUACAUUACACUAUAUGUAUGUACUUACUAUAUAUGUUUCUGUUCUGUUUCUGUUUCUGUUGUUGUAGUUAUUUGAAUAUGUACGUUUUCUAGCUCUGAUACUGCGUUGAGAACAAUGUUGUAUCGAUAGCUUUGCUUUUGUUAAGGUUAAUUUCUUGACUUCAUCAAUUGUAAGUACAAAAAAGAAAUAACUUUGCCCUAUCA